UUAUCUCCGCUUCGAGAAUGGAACAAAGUGCCAAACUAUUUUUCCAUCCAUCGAGCUGAUUUCCGCCUGUGUAGCAAUCCAGUACUUUUAGAGUUCCUUCCAAAUUUGUAAUGUAAACCAGGGUAUAGGGGCCUUUCGGCUCUGGUGAAGACGAGUAGAGCCCGUGAAACCUAUGUCUAAAAUUCGCACGCGACUACCAAAGGGACGGAGAGUAAAUAUAAGCAGCGAUGACGAAGAGGGGAUAAAACGGCAGAGAUGCAACGCCUUAGCCGGUCAGAACUGCCUCUACUGUGGCAAAUGGCUUGCCAACAUUCGCCAGCACAUCCGGAAAAAUCACAAGGAGACUGCCAUCAGGUGCGAGUUGAAGAAAUGCUCGACCUAUUUCCUGACCUUGGAACAACGCAACGAACACGUGAACGAGGUGCACGGAAAAGUGGUCUUGGACGUGAACGCCGGCGUGUUCCCCUGCAUCUUCUGCAAAAAGACGUUCCUGCGGAGGAAAGACCGAAAGCAACAUAUCGAGCGACGACACUCGGACAUGGCGUUCCAGUGCUCAAACUUUUUGUGCGUGGCCGUGUUCACCAGCCAGGCGGAACUGGACGCCCAUUACCAGGCCAACCACGCCAAGGCGGACAGUCUCAAAUCUUUUCAAUGCGACAAGUGUGAAUUCCGCUGUAAUAACUGGAACAACCUGGACAGGCACGUGAGGCACAUGCACGAGGAGAAGACGGUGCGCUGCUUCGUCUGCUCGAAAAUGUUUCCGUCGGAAAGAGCAAUGUCGACGCACGUGAAUGAUAGCCAUUUAACCAAACACUGCCGCUUCUGCGACCUGAGAGUUCCGGUGAUCGAGCGUUCGAGACACCAGCAGGCAGUGCGUUGCGAGCGCUGCGACCGAUCGUUCCCCUGCGCCGGAACCAAUGACAUGCAUAGCCGAUAUUGUGCGCCGUUGCCUAUUAUUAAGACUGAAACUCCGGAAAUUCCUCAAAAAGACCCUAGUGACGACGAUGACGAUGAUGAUGAUGGAUCGCAGUUUGUCAUUUGCUUUAAAGAAGAACCUCUUGAUGAUGAAUAUGAAGUGUCAGAUUAAAUGAUUGAUCUCGGUUUUUUGGUAUUUUGUUUAGUUAUCGUAGUUGCAUUGGUUCUUUCGAUUUUAACGAACUUCCGUUUUGAUUUCAGACUCAAAAUCCCGCUGCUGUUCAUUUUUCUUCUGGAAUUAAUUCCUUGGGCUUGCUGAAAACAAAGCAAUCCACCAAUUCGUCGAUUUUUUUUAUUUCAAAAAAUAGAUUUUCGAGAUUCCACGGCGAUUGGCUGAACUGAUUUUGGUUUUCAGCAUGUCAAAAGAAAGAAUAUUAAGUGGAAAAUGGACAAUUGGCAGGUUUGGGUCUGAAAUUGCAAUAAAAAGCCUUAAAAUCGAAAGUAUUCGGUGGCGCCAUCUGUUGGCAACUUCGAAAACUAAGCAACGUGUGAAUCUUACAGGAAAUUAAACAUGUCUAGAUCUAGAAUUAUGAAUUUUUUGUGUGAAACUAAAAUCAAAUAGUUUCAAUUUUUAAUUUUAAAAAGUAGUUCUAUUUUUCAAAACUUUAAGAAGUUAAGGAAUUCUUUCCCAACGAUUUCACUAUCUUUCUAAGGAGGAGAGCAGGAAAUGAUUAGUUAUAAUUGAUAUGAAAUAAAAAUUUUGCGUCUGAUGACCGAA